UUUCGCAGCUUGCAGUACUUGAAAAAGAAGAUUUAAAGGAAGCAGUGCCACCAUUGGGACUGCGUGUUGAAUUCAGAGAAAAGCUCUUUGCUUGGAAAAAACGAAAGCUCGGGAUUGAUGACGAAACUAUGUCAGUUCCAUCUAAAAUAGGUGAAUGGUGGAAACGCAACGAGACACCUGCAAGUACUCCUGGUACUCCCGACACUACAGGUUCGAACUGCUCAAAAGCCAAAGGAAUUUUGUCAGAGGAUCUAACGGAAUUGUUAACACAUACCUCGAAGGGGAAACUAGCGCUUGAAUGUAGUAGCGUUAAUAAGAAAUUAAGUGACGAGCAAAGAGAUGAUAUAAUUAAUAUAAUUAUUGAAGAUAUUUUAACCAACAAUGUUACUCUUUACACUCAAGACUAUAUGCGCAUAUUGGAUGAAAUUUGUUCCGUUUUUCCUCUUGAAAACGAAAUGAGGGAUUAUUAUUACAUUUCAAGAAAAGGAAAGAACAACGCAAGCGGAAAACUUUAUGCCAAGUAUAGAAACAAGAAGUCCAAAAGAAUAAAGCUUUUGAUUUCCGAGCCUAGCACAAGCAAAGCAGCAACUCACACAUCUCCUAAUUUUUGUAACAAAGAUGUUCCCGAAAUUGAUGAAUCAGUUGAAAAUUCAUUGAAAGCUUCCUUACUAAGAGAAUGUAAUGAUUGGGGAUCGAUCUGCGAAAAAUGGAAAAGAUCUUUUAACAUACGGCAAAGAGAUAUAAAAAAUUUAAGUAGCCAUACAUUUCUCCUUGAAUGGACGAAGUUGUCCGAUGCAAGAGCUUCAGAAUUGGUCAACAUUGAUUUCGAUAUUAUGUAUCCACAGAAAGGCAAUCUUCUACUUUCUAAAUGGGACCAAUUUAAGAAAAAAAUUUACAAUUAUUAUGGGAAAAAUAUUCAUAACGAACAUUGCAAACAACUCUUCGCAAAUGUUUUGACGGCAAGCAGCAUAGGUAAAUUUUAAUUCCUGAUUUAUCAUAAACAUUAAAAGUAAUAUUUAUUUUAUAUUUCGGUUGCAGAUGCUCAAGAUUA